GGAGGGGGAAUAAGUUCUUAACUGGUAACACACAGCUGCUGAGCAAAAUGCAGUCUCCACAGAAAAGCCCAAGCCUCAGACCUUUCAAGCAAAGGAAGAGCUUAGCAACCAGGAAAGAAGAAGUUGCUGGAAUCCAGGCCAAAUUCCCUGGCAAGAUCCCGGUGAUAGUGGAGCGCUACCCAAGGGAAAAGGUUCUGCCCUCAAUGGACAAGAUCAAAUUCCUGGUCCCUCAGGAGCUGACCAUGACCCAAUUCCUCAGUGUCAUCCGGAGCCGCUUGGUCCUAGGAGCCACUGAAGCCUUUUACUUGCUGGUGAACAAUAAGAGUCUGGCCAGUACCAGUGUGACCAUGGCAGAGGUCUACAGGGACUACAAAGACGAGGAUGGCUUCGUGUACAUGACCUAUGCCUCCCAAGAGAUGUUUGGCUGGUGGGAGUCUGCAGAAUCUGAGGAUGGGAGCAGCCUGGGUCAGGGGCAGACCCUGCCGUUCUAUCUACUGAGGGUCAAGAAGAACUCGGCCUCUGAUGAGGAGCAUCCUAUGCUGGCUGAGAAACUGGUUUCUUCCGGAGUGUGA